CAAUGGCCACUGUUUUGCGCAAAACGAUGCUAAACCGAAUGAGUGGUGUCGUCAAUGCCAGCCAGAUACCAGCCAAUUUACAUGGAGUCGGCGUAAAGUUAAUUCCCCGCCUGUUUUCACCACACUUCCAGUUCAAUUCGCAUUAGUUGGAGAGAUGUUAUCGCUUCAGAUUGAAGUUCUGGAUCCAGAUAACCGUCCCGUUACGUACUCCCUUGCCAACACCGACGCGCAGGGCUACGUGUUCACGCCAGAUGGACAACUGAACAUCACCAUGACCACCUCCGACAGCAAGACGUUCAAAUUCGUAGCCACCGAUGAGUGCAACGCCAGCGAUACAACGACAGUUACUGUAAAGGCGAUGGAGUGCCCGUGCCAACACGGGGGAACAUGCCAUCCCCACCCCUACCACCCACGGGGGUCUGGCCAGUACGAGUGCGCCUGCCCUGCGGGAUUCAACGGAAGCCGAUGUGAAAGUGACAUUGAUGAUUGCCAACCUAGCCUUUGUGUCAACGGAACAUGUAUCGAUGGAAUAAACAACUACACUUGCCGAUGUCACGUGGGCUAUAAAGGCGCCCUAUGUGAUGAGAAAGAGCGCAUUUGUGGCGAAGACACGUGUUACCCAGGAGUUAAGUGCAGAGAAAUCCCGGAUGGAGUGUUGUGUCGAUCGUGUCCUGACGGUCUUAUUGGCGACGGGAAGACGUGUAUAGCCCCUGUAACAACAACUCGACCACAGAGCACACAAGACCGUGACCACACAAAUGCUCAAGAGAGUACACCAUCUGGUCCUACGACACAAACUCCUACCGAUACUCUUCCAGGCAUGGGUAAAAAGCCAGCCAAGCAGGCCUCAGGCACUGUUACCAUAGUAACCAUAGUCUCUGCUUGCUCCGCGGGUGGCCUCAUAAUCAUCGGUCUCAUCUCCUGGCGCGUGCGCAAAUACAUGGAAAACAGAAAACGGAUUCAUUCCACCGAAGGUAUCAAGGCUGAUGAUGCGGAUCACUGCUAUGACAACCCCAUUGAAAUGACACCGAGGGCGGCAGACUCGGAUCACACUUACGAGGAGGUGGGCCAAUCAUCUACAUACGAGUCCCUGAAGCCUGUCGCGGGCCCCACACAUGAUGCUGCCAAACAAAAAGUUUCUGAGCAUGCGCAAAGCAACGCAUAUCAGGAAUUUGAGAAGCGCCCUGCGGCGAAUUAUCAAGAUCUGCUCCACUGGAAGUACUGAACACAAAACUGGCAUACUGAACACUGAACACAGCUAUUCAAACCGCCACACUAAACAAAGCUAUAACCAACACAGCAUAGAAUAGUCAGCCAUAGUCACAGCUAUAACAAGCACGGCAUAGAAUAGUCAGCUAUAGUCACAGCUAUAACCAGCACGGCAUAGAAUAGUCAGCUAUAGUCACAGCUAUAACAAG